AUGGCUGACGAGGACGCGCACACCCGCUCCUCCUCAUCCAGCACCGCCUCUUCACUCAACAGCCACUCGUCGCGCUCCAAGACGGCGAGGGAGUCGGAUGCCCAUUCGUGGGCGGAGAGGAGGAAGGCACUCAAGCCGGUGCAGGUUGGAGAGCAGAGGCGGUCGCAGGGGUUGAGGAAGAAGAAUGCGCGAGAUGACUCGUGGGAUGCUGAGGCGCUCUCGCCGACGAGCGAGGGAGAAGCGGGAUCUCUUUUUGCAGCAGCUGGGAAAGUCAAGCACAUCGUCGACGAGAACAAGCGGCUGAAGCAGGAAGUCGCUGGUUUGCGUGCUGAGCGAGAUGCAUGGAAGCGCAACUUGGACGACUUGCGCUAUACUCUCGCGACGGUCGCCGCCGAACGCGACGCUGCAAAGCUCGACGUUGCUCAGCAUGAAGACGAGCUGCUCAUCCUCCGGCAGACGCAUGAGGGCCACGCAACCGAGGUUGCGGACCUGCGGAAAGCGAAGGAGUUUGCUGAAGUUGAGCGCGCCGUCGCUCUCGACUCGCUCUCGCAGCUCAAGGCUCGGCACGAACUGGAACAGCAAGACCUGAAGGCCGAGGUCGUCAAGCUCACGAGCCGGCUGGAAAAGGUGGAAGGCGAGCUCGCGCAGACGCAGGCCGACCAGGAGGAACAGCACGACGCGUGCAUGCAGCUUAUGGAGGAGCAGGAGAAGCUCGAACUCGCUUACGAAGCUGCGCUGAGCGAGCUGAAUGAGUACAAGCGACGCUGUGGCGAGGUUGUGCCGGACGAACCGCUGGACGGAGUCGAAGAGAGUGACCUCGACGCCGACGCUUCGUGGCAGGAAAUUGACCCCGCAGAGACUGUUCCAGCCGUACAAGCAUGGCCGACGAAACGAGGGCACGGCAGGAGACGCCUUGUAUCGAAACGCCGCAUCGGCCCGCCGCAGCUCAUCUACUCGACGUCGCUGCAGACGAACAGCGACGUGCGGCUGGUCAAGAACGACGUCGAGCAGCUGAAGCAGACACUCGCUCUCCUCGUCCAGGAGCGUCGUAACUCGCUCGCAAGCGAUUCACCCGUCGGCGACCACUCGACGUGA